AACUUAAAGAGCAUUAUCAGUCGGUGGUAUCCGUUGUGUGGUAUCAGCGGUAAGGAGAUACAAAAGUGCACAAGUGUUUGAUGUGAGUGGGAGUGGACGUCCGUUUAGUUUUUUAUUAGGACAGUUUCUCUGCUGUCAUUUUGAACACGAGUUUCGAAAACAAGUAAAAUUAUUUGUUAACUUGGUUAGUAAUAUCUACUAGUUUAGUUUUUAUAACAGUGAAGGUAGUAAAUAGUUUGGAUAAAAUUCGUUGUACCACGUUAUUAAGCGUUUCCGCAUAAUAUAGUAUGUAAGAGUAACACGUAUACUGUCAUCGUAUGUGAACGAUAUCAUACUCGUAUGAAUCAGGAUGUCUCAUCGUUACGUUAAAAGUAGUAUUAAUAAUGAAUAACCUGAUCGAAUAGUUUUAUUUCGUAAAACAACAGGCUUCGUUGGUCAUGGCUUCGUUGUCAUUGCCGCGAGUUUUACAGCAGAGAAAAACUAGUCUGGAAUUGGAGCGUGAGAAUUUUGAAAAAUUUCAGCUUUGGAAAUCCCGCAUGAUAUCCUAGGCAGCAGUCCAUCGCAUUUUCACGUCCUACGUUUCAAAGUAUCGAACAAACCGAUGUCCGACGCUGCAAAAAUCCUAUCGAUUGUUAGGGCAAUGCUGUAAUUCUUUGUCAUAAUAAAUUUCUACCACUAACAUGCCGCCUGUACCACUUACCGACAAGCAAUUCCAAGCACUGUGCAUAAGUAUUGGGAAGGCACUCAACCCUAUUGAAGCACCACUAAAGGAGAAACAUGUGCGCAGUGCUAUUAUUGGUACGUUUCAAGAAAAAGGUGCAGGGACCUUCUGGAUGUUCGUGCUCCGUCAACCGAUUCAUGAAAAUCGAAUUGUAGCAUGGAAAUUUUGUCAUGUACUGCAUAAAGUAUUGCGCGAAGGCCAUGCAAAAUCGAUAUCCGAUUCUCAGCGUUACCGUGGUAAGCUAGAAAACCUAGGAAAGUAUUGGCAGCAUCUGAGAGAAGAAUAUGGCCGGUUGAUUCAAAUGUACACACGAUUACUGGUCACCAAAUUAGACUUUCACAGACGGAAUCCGCGUAUACCAGGGAACCUUCAACUCACCGCAGAUGAACUCGAAGCUAUUGGGGAGAAUGAUAUCAACAUAUUCUUCCAAUUGUCCGUUGAGAUGUUCGAUUACAUGGACGACAUUCUUAAUUUACUACGUGCAGUAUUUGAACCUUGGAGCAAGUCCAAUUCUAAUUCCAUGACUUCCAGUGGCCAAUGUCGUCUAGCACCAUUAAUACCUUGCAUACAAGAUGCAUCGCAACUCUACGACUAUUGUGUCAAAAUAUUGUUCAAACUACAUGGUGCUCUUCCAGCUGAUACCCUUACUGGUCAUCGCGAUCGAUUCACUAAGCAGUUUCAUGAGUUGCGAACUUUUUACAACACUAUCAAGCCUCUGCAAUAUUUCAAACAGUUAAUCACCAUGCCAUCAUUGCCAGAGAAUCCACCCAAUUUUUUGAUACAAGCAGAAUUACGAACUUACGUUACUCCUGUAGUCACUCUUCCUCCAGAAGAGCCUAUAGAUGCAGAUGCAGUUGUCGAUAGCCUAAUCGAUACUUCGGAAACAAGCUCACUAGUAGGGGACCAGAUCGACGCUGCCAGGAAUGGUUCUAUAUCUCCGGAUGUAUUGGCUGAAAGAGAUAGUCUGAUAGAUCAACUCCAUCAAGAGAAUGGAAGACAGAGGCAGGAGAUCCAUCGACUGUUAUCCGAACAUCAAAAUAUCGUCGAGUCGCUGCGCAGUCGUAUAUUGGAACUCGAAUCUAUCCUAACAAUUAAAAGCAGUGACAUAAUCCUGGAAAAACAAAUUAGCAACGAUCUACGAGAUCAGACAGCAAACCUCGUAGCCCGGUGCCAAGAAGCUAGUGACAAAAACAAAACUUUAGAAGAGAAAUAUCAGAAAUUCAAGGCAGCCUAUUCAAAGUUGCGUGAAGAACACAUCAACUUAAUCCGAACGAAAGCCGAUGUUGACAAGCGGCUAGGCAGCAUAAAACUUCUGCACGAGCAGUCGGAAAGACGGAGUGCAGAGGCUGAGCAGCGAUUGCAAGAACUUAUACAGGGCCAGGCCACAGCUGAACAAGAAAUCCAAAGAGUCGCACAGGCUCGUGCCGAGUUGGACACUGUCAGGACGGAAUUCGAUGCAGCUAAAACGGAAAUUUUGGGACUCGCUGCAAAAAUUGAUUUCAUAACAUCUGAAAAGGCGGUUGUAGAAGGAGAUUUACAUGACUUAUUGGCACAAAAAGAGGAGUUGGAUGUGAGGAUAAAUGAUCUGCAACUCGAAGCCGAGCAUUCCAAAGCUCAACUCAAGACCAAUGCCGAUGCAGCUCUCUACGAAUUACUUCUAAACUGUAUAUCCGAAGCCGAUGUGAUCGUGCAAACAGCUGUGCAUGGAAUCGACAAUCCGGCGAUAUCAGCGGUUACAUGCACCCCGGAUUACCUGAGAAGUUUGGUCAGCCCGGCGCUAGAAAGCUUGGAUGAACUGGAUAACGUCUAUCGCGGCUACCUACAGGAUCCUUCUCAACGAAGCCAGUUAGCUCGCAGUGCUAUACAUGCUGCUUAUCUACUCGCAGUUUAUUUGAUACAUGCUAAAAGUACUUCGAAUACAGCUACUGACAUAACGUUCGGAGAUCAAAUGACUGAUAAAUGCAAGCAGCUGGGAUCUCAGAGCCUAAUAAUGCUCGGUAAUAUUAAAGAGAAGUCAUCUACGGCCCAGGAUCAAAUUGCGAUUGUUAAAAGCAAGCUGAAGGAUAUUUCUACGCAAGCUGAUACUCUAAUGAAUAAUCAAGGCAAUGCCGACGUCAUCGGGGAUUUGGUUGAGAACGAACUUUUGAGUAUGGAUAAAGCUAUUGAGGAAGCUGCUACAAGAAUACAGGACAUGCUCAACAAAUCACGCGCUGGAGAUUCAGGGUUGAAGUUGGAAGUGAAUGGAAAAAUUUUAGACUCUUGUACCGAACUGAUGAAACGUAUUCGGGUUCUGGUUAAAAAAUCGAGAUUAUUACAAACUGAAAUCGUUGCGCAAGGGAAAGGUACCGCUUCUACCACAGAAUUUUAUAAACGCAAUCAUCAGUGGUCAGAAGGCCUCAUUUCCGCAGCUAAGGCAAUAGCUAUGGGCGCGAACUUUCUAUUAGAAGCAGCUGAUAAGGUAGUAGCUGGAAAUGGGAAAUUUGAACAAUUGGUAGUGGCAUCUCAAGGCAUCGCAGCAUCGACUGCACAACUUGUAGUAGCCAGCAGAGUGAAGGCGGAAAGAAACAGUAACAACUUAGCUGCUCUCUCAGAGGCAUCCAGAGAGGUUACACAAGCAACGGGUGGGGUGGUCGCAACUGCUAAAAGUUGCAGUCAACUCAUUGAGGACAAUGAGGAUCUAGAUAUGUCUGGACUUAGUUUGCAUCAAGCAAAAAGAUUGGAGAUGGAAGCUCAGGUGCGCGUUUUGGAAUUAGAACAGGCACUGCAGAAUGAGAGAUUAAGAUUAUCUGCUCUACGCCGUCAUCAUUAUCAAAUGGCUGGAGAUAAUGAGGGAUGAAUGCAAAUGGAUCAUAGUUAAGCCAAAGAAAUGAUAGAAUUCAAUUUGUUAAUGUACCAUAAUUAGAAAUUUUCUAUCGAUAUAAGCAGUAUUUUGACACAUAGGUUUUCAAUUUCAUAAUUAUUCAUUUUUAUAAUUAACAUAUAGAAAAUAACUUGGAAAAAAAAUACUUUAGCCAAAUUGAAACAUGAUCGUAUCGACGCGAGAAUGAGUUUUAUUAAUUUAUUUCCUGCGAUAAUUGAAUGAUAAUUCGGCGUACUAUGGACUGUCGCGGUUUAACCAGUGUCUAAUAAAUUGUUGCUUUAUAUUAGGAUUUAUGAAUAAUUAAAAAAACAAAAAAAAUAUGCAUAAUAUUAAUUACCAAGGAGUAGAGAAAAAUAUUUUAUUGUACUUGAGAUUAUAUGUAUACACAUAGAAUUAUGAAAUUGAGUUGUAUCGUAUAUUAUUAUGAAAUAUUUGUAUCCUGAAAAUCGGCAUGCUCAAGAUCAAGACAGUAAGCCAAUGAACCGAUGAUGUAGCGGUUUUUCGAAGAUAACUAGCUCGUUUACGUUGAUUAUUUUUUGUUUUUCGUCUAAACUUCAGUUGUAUUUCAGUUUUCAUAAUCAACAAUAAAUAUAAUUCAUGUACUAGAUGUAUAAUAUUUCAAAAUAUAUAAUGAAAGUUCA